AUGGCCGCGAACAGCACGUACUCACGGGAACAUGUCCCACGGCGGGCAGUCCGCACCGCGCCGGGUCCAAGAGAGCCCGCGCCGCGCCGCGCCGCCAUGAAGGCGCGCGCGUACCUCACGCUGGUCACUGCGCUGUUCGCCACCUGCCCCGGCAACGCGGAGAAGAGCAAGUUCUGUAAGUACCCCUGCCCCUCUCUACCUUCUCUCCUCACU